AGAAGCUUCGUCGAAAGUUUCACACGAAAUCUAAACAAAUGAUCACCUUUUCGCUAUCCAAGAAAACUUUAUCGGCCUUCGAGUAAAGUUAUUUGAUUUGGAUCUCUAAAAAUAUUAUCCUUCUGGGCGUCAGUUCAAUCAGGACCGUGUGUGUUUAUUAUCGAUUAGCUUCAGGCAAACUCGAGGUCUGUACGCAGUGAAUUUUUCUCGUAUUUCUUUAGGUUAGGAUUUGAUGAACCUACUGAACGUGUUUUGAGUUUCAUAUACUCGACCGGUGAACAACUGAACUAAUUGGAAAAGGGCAAGAAUAUAUAAUAGGCGGAGCUUAGAUACGACUGGCCACGUUAGCAUACUAUAACUAUUGAUCUAAAACCUUUUAGAAUGUGACAACCCAAGGACUCGAAUUACUCAGUUUACACGUUGGCUGAUGGGUCAUUAUUAUUUUGAUUUUGAAAUCAAGAAAUUUGUUUUUGUUUUAUAGAAACUUGCUCAAUUAAUCUUUGUGUUGAUUGUUGUUUUUUUAUAUGGAUUAAAAACAAAAAACAACGUAACUCAACAGAAAAGGCAACCAUCCAAGAAUCAAUGUUUUGAUUGAAGAAAGUUUGUUGGAAGGAGUGAAUUAGAAGAAUAAUGAAGAUUUUUGGAUUAAGAAGGAAUUUUCUAAUUAAAUUAGGCCUGUUAGUGAUAUCCUGUUUGUUAGUAGGACCUUACAUUUUUCAUUUAUUUGGUGACAAGCAGACGUCAUCCAGAGGCAGUCGUGAUUCAGUUUUAAGAUUUCAGGCUAAAGACAACAUUGAGAAUUCAUUGGUUGAUGACGCUAAAGAACAGGUUGUUCCACUGCCGUUGGUCAAUAAUGUUGACGACAACGACUUAAUUCAUGAUAAACGGCCUGAGAAAGAUCGACCUAAAACUGUUAUGAAGAAGGGUGUGACUGGGAAUUACGAGCCAGCCCCCGUUCAUCCCGGUAGCGGACCAGGUGAGAACGGUGAACCUGUUUAUACAGCGAUGGAUGAAAGAUCGCGAGCUGAUCAGUCAAUACGUGAAUAUGGUUUUAAUAUGGUCAAUAGUGAUAAAAUAUCACUCGAUAGAACCGUUCCUGAUACCAGGAUGGAUGAAUGUAAAUAUUGGCAUUAUCCUGAGAAAUUACCGUCAGCAAGUGUUAUACUGGUGUUCCAUAACGAGGGUUGGUCUACACUAGUUAGAACAGUUCAUAGUGUUAUAAAUACAACACCGUCACAUCUUCUACAUGAAGUUGUUAUGGUGGAUGAUUUCAGUGAUAAAGAACAUUUAAAGGAUAAAUUAGACCAAUACAUGACGCGAUUUAACGGUAAAGUGAAAAUUUAUCGUAACGACGAACGUCUGGGUCUUAUUCGAACUAGAACCAGAGGGGCAGAGUUAGCCACGGGAGAAGUUAUUGUAUUUCUUGAUGCUCAUUGUGAAGGUAAUCCUAACUGGUUACCUCCCUUGUUGGCGAGAAUAGCGUACGACAGAACUAUAAUGGCCGUGCCGAUUGUUGAUGGUAUAGAUUGGGAUAAUUUCCGCUAUCGUCCCGUUUAUACGACGACCCAUCAUCGUGGAAUCUUUGAGUGGGGUUUCCUGUAUAAAGAAAGCCAGGUACCACAGAGGGAACUCACCACCAGGACCUAUCACUCAGAACCAUACAAAUCUCCAACACAUGCUGGUGGAUUAUUUGCGAUGGAUCGUAAAUAUUUUUUUGAAAUGGGUGGAUAUGAUCCUGGUAUGCAAAUCUGGGGAGGAGAAAAUUUUGAGUUGUCCUUCAAGAUAUGGCAAUGUGGUGGUAGUAUUGAAUGGGUUCCAUGUUCUCGUGUGGGUCAUGUUUACAGAAAUCACAUGCCGUAUGGUUUUGGAAAAGUUGACGCUAAAAUUCCUGUUAUAUUAUUGAAUUAUAUGAGAGUGGUAGAAGUUUGGUUAGAUGAUGAAUUUAAAGAAUAUUUUUAUACGAGAGAGCCGUCUGUACGAGGGUAUCCGAUUGGUGAUAUCAGUAAACAACUGGAAUUUAAAAAACAACAUAAUUGUAAAAGUUUCAAAUGGUUUAUGGAGAACGUAGCCUAUGAAGUAUUUGAACGAUUUCCUCCGUUACCUCGAAAUAAAGUUUGGGGCGAGUUUAAAACUGUUGGCGGGAAUAAAUGUUGGGAUACGGUUGGUCAGUCUGUUGGUGGUGGACCAAUCGGAGCUUAUUAUUGUCACCAUGCUGGUGGGAAUCAGAUGUUCCGAUUAAACAUGAAAGGUCAGUUAUCUCUAGGAGAAAGAUGUUUACAAGCGAAGAACGGAGAUACAAUACAUAUUCAUUUCUGUGAAACACAACCCACAGGAUUCUGGGAUUACGAUUCGUCAACUAAACAAGUUAAAAAUACGGAACACAACUCGUGUGUGGAGAUCGGUAAAGAUGAUUCGUUACAUUUACAACCAUGUGAUUCAUCCGUUCCUAGGCAACAGUGGGAAAUCAACCAAGUCAGAUCGUGGAAAUAAAUCACACUACAUUAGUCAAUAUUCGUCCUUCCAUGUCACAUGAUUAUUUCAUCCAAUCAAAUACAUUGAGGAAUAUCAACAAUCUAAAAUAGAAUAGAUCAACACAAAAUAACCAAUCAGCGAAGCCUUUGAUAACCAGUCAUAUAGUGUUACUUCUAAAUAUAUAGUUUUAUAACCAUAGCCUUUGACAACCAGUGUUACAUCUAUAUAACUAUUGAUAACCAGUCACACAAUGGUCCAUCUAUAUAGGUUUAUAACUUUAGUCUUUGACAACCAGUGAUACAUCUACACAUGUUUAUAAACAUAGUCUUCAACAACCAGUGUUACAUCUAUAGGUUUAUAACUAUAGCUUUCAACAACCAGUGUUCAUUCUACAUAGGUCUAUAUAGUCUUCAACAACCAGUGUUAAAUAUGGGUUUAUAACUAUAGUCUUUGACAACCGGUGUUACAUCUAUAUAUAGGUCUAUAACCAUAGCCUUCAACAACCAGUGUUAAAUAUAAGUCUAUAACUAUAGCCUUCGUCAACCGGUGUUCGAUCUAUAUAGGUCUAUAACUAUAGCCUCCGACAACCAGUGUUCGAUCUAUUGUAGUUUAGGUUUUUGAUGAUUUAAUGCACCUUAUUAUUUGAGAUCCAUUUUGAAUGUGAAAUUGUAAAUUACCUGAUGUGAAAAUGGUGUAAAUGAAACUGUAAAUUUUUGUAUUAAUCUUGUAAAACAGGAAUCGAAUGAAAACAGAAGGAUAUAGGUAUCGAUACUUAUUAAAGUUAAUACAACGCACUCCUUUCUAUAAUCGGGGGGGGGGGGGGUAGAUGGACGAAUGAUUAGUGUGUGUGCGUUGUAUCAUAAGGUCUGUCAUUGAGUCAACUGGUGUGGUUUCGAUUCCCCGGUUGUACUUGACAAGGAGUAUCGUCACCUGUUCAACCUCGUGGGUUUUCUCCAGGUCCUCGGGUUUCCUCCCACUUCUAAAGACCUCUACCGCGCAAGCGAUUUAUUGAAAUAAAAUUGAACCAUAUGUUAGUCUCUCUCUCUCUCUCGCUCUCUCCACCCCAUUUUGUGAUGUAUGUAAAUCAUUAUAGAAAUAUUGUAUUUUUAAAACAACUUUUAUUAUCUGUAAUUUAUAUUUAUACAAUAAUUGUUUGCUUCUAUGUUAUAUAGGCUGGACACUCAUUACAACUUACUUAGUUAAAACGGAGGUGGGGUUUGGAAGGGUCUAUGUAUAUGGGCUGGACACUCAUUAUAACUUAGUUAAAAGGG